UGCUGGGGUUAGGUUGGGGGUGAGUCGGAGGUGCACCUGUAGGUACCUACUAGGCAAGUAGGUACUAAGGAACCGUGCUGUUGCUGGGCUGAGGGUGCCCUGGCAUUUUGCGCCGUUCUCCUCCCCUUCCCACUCCCCUCUUGGUCGCAGCGUUCGGUCACGGAGCCCAUCGUCCGUCUCAUGGGCACGACGCCAUGGAGCAGAUUGAGACGCAGGCUUCGGACCUGCGGUACCUCGUUCAGGCGGCUCCCGUUGCGCUCAGCGAUUCCGCGAGUGUCUCGUACGAGACGCCGCAGCCGCGCCCGCAGCAGGGAAGCCCAGCGGAUUCCGCGACAUUCGGAGACAAUUCCGCAGGCGGCGGUGGUCCCGGCGCCAACGGCGGCGCGAACAAGCGCAAGUCAGUCGACGAUGGCCCGGGGUCCAGCCAGAAGCAGACACGGAGCAAGAGAAACAGGUACAUCUCGAUAGCAUGGUGAGUCACUGUCAAGACUCGGCGUCUUGCGCUCACGACUUCUAACACGCCCCUCCCCCCCGCAGCAAUGAGUGUAAGCGACGGAAGAUCAAGUGCAAUGGCGAGACGCCGUGUCAGCGAUGCGGAAAUCUCAAUCUCGCUUGUCUAUACGCACCGAAUUGCUGCUCUAGCAGUUUCAAGGACUCAGACGAAUUCAAAAAUGUCACAUCACAGCUCAGCCGCCUCCAGGACGAGGUCAGCUGGCUCAACCAGACGAUACGGACCUUGCAAGCCGACCCAUCCCGACUUGCUGCUCCAAGUGAGCGCAUGAUGCCAUCAUCCAACUCGGCCAUUGCUCUGUCACCUUCACAAAGUUCGACCUCGAUGCAGCGACCCGACUUGUCAUCGCACGGCAAAUCAGGUGCCUUCCGAGGACCCACGAGCAUGGCCUUUAGCCUGGAUGUCGCCAAUACUACCAUUUCCAACAUGGGCUACCGCGGCAUCGACGAGGCCGACGAUCAGGACCAGCAGUCGAGCGACGUCACCAUGCAGAUGGGGAGUGCGCCGUAUGACCCGUUGUUCGAGUUUGACAAGGACGAAAUGGUCAGGCUCUGUCGUUUCCACGAGGAUGAGAUUGGAAUCAUGUAUCCCGUCCUCAACAUCCACACCGUCAUUGCCCACGCCAAGAACAUUGCGCCCUUUUUGGAGUCUGCUAGGAACCAGCAACGACCCAUGGAGACGAUCAACGACGAGAAGACGCUCCAACUCAAGAUGGUCAUGUGCUGUGCGCUCGUCGUGGAAAAUCACGGGCACAGCGACAAAGCCAGCCGGUUGUACAACAGCAUGGAUGCGAUUGUGAACCGCAAACUGAUGGCGGACGUAAGCGACAUGGCCAAUCUCCCACUGCUGUGUCUCUUGGCGGGCUAUCGGUUCUUGUCCAGUGACGAGGUCCUCGCCUGGCGUGUCGUGGGUCAAGUCGUUAGACUCUGCGUGGAACUGGGCAUCCAUCAAAAAAGGGGAUUGAUGAAGAUCCAGGACGAAUCCGAGAGAAAGAAUGCCCUCAACAGCUUUUGGUCCGCCUACGUUCUCGAUAGAAGGUGGGGAUUCGCAACUGGUCUACCGUUUACCCUACAAGAUGACGAUAUCGAUCCACAGUUGCCAUUCCCGGAUGAAUAUCCCUUCCUCGUGGCUAUGAUCACAUACUCCAGGCUCGGCGCCAAAGUCUGGAGGCAAGUAUCGCACUUCGGACCCGUAUUAGCCCGUGAGCUGAGGCAAGAGGAGAUUGACAACCUUGACCGCGAGAUCCUGCAGUGGUACGACAGCGUUCCGGAAGAGGUCAAGGUGCGAAACUGGGACAAGGAGAAGCAGAUGACAUCGACCCCAUCAUAUAAUCUACAGCGCUUACGGAUAUGGACGUACUUGCGCUUGAAUCAGAUUCGCAUCUGGCUCUACACCCCCAUACUCCAUAGUGCGACGAGCAUUAUGAGCAACCCGCAACAGGCGCAGCGAGUAGUUGACCUCGCCAAGGAUACCAUACAGUACCUCAAUCAUCUGAACAGCACGACGAAUCUGUAUCGCAGGGCCCAGGUCUUCUACCAUCAAUUUCUCACGUCAGCCAUCUCCGUCGUAUUUCUCGCAUCGGUGCACGCCCCCGUUCGCUUCAGCGCGGUCUGCCGAGAAGAGUUUUACAUGGCGCUCGACUUGGUCAAGGACCUAUCUGCCAAGAGUUGGGUGUCUAAACGCCUUUGGCGCACGAUCAAGUCUCUCAAAGAUGUCGCCCCGCGCUUCGGCCUGAAUCCCGACGAUGAUCCACACUCAAACGCCGCCUUGGGGAUGAUUGGGCUUGCGCGAGGCCAAUUCGACCCAAGCCCCGUUGCACAAACGCCGUUCCCGACCAUUGGCAUGCCCACGCCACAGCAGACGCAGGAAGUGCAAGUGGACCACAACGGCAAGAAGAUUCAGAGCGAGUUGUCGAGGAUUUUUGAGGGCUACGUGGGCCUGAAUGGCUUCCAGUAUAACAACAAUGAUGGCCACGUGCCGACACAUGAGCUGGCCUCCCCCACUUCUGCCAACAGCAUGUUCACCUCUGACGGGACCGUGUUCCCGCACCUCCGGGAGAUGUUCUGAGGAGGAACUGUACGUUGGAAGCUCUGUACUGACCUGAUCAGCCUUGAUUAUUGAGCGAGAUCGGCUGCUGGGUCUACUGGUUCUGUCGAUACUUCCCGACGACUCCAUCUAUGGCGGGUCAUUCUGUACACAUAUGGAACCUCUGAAUAUGAAG